UCAACAUAAAAGUUUUCAAAAUGAAACUUUUAAGUCUUACUUUACUUUUUGUACUCUGUACUUGCAAUGUUCUAGCGAAUCCUUCGCUAUCUUCUCUUCUUCAAGAAUUAGAGGAGAGAAAUGAAGGACUCGUUGAUAAUCAAAUGGUUGGAGAAGAACUAUUCAGAAGAUCGGAUCCUGAUGAAAAUGAAAUUCUUCGUGGUAUUGAUGAUGAUGAUAAUGAACAGAACAAUGAUGAUGAUGAAAGCAAUCUUGAAGAUAGGGAAGAAGAUGAUGAAUUAGAAUUGAUGCUUAGAGGCAAAGAAACUAAAUUUUGGUGUAAAGCUUGCAAAGUAAAUCCAAAUGCUGACAGAUGUCCCAGAAUCGCUAAAAUAUGCAAGGUCGACUACAAUAUAGAAUACCCUCCUCCGAAACCCAAAAACGGAAGAGCACGUAGCGGAAGAGCACGUAGCGGAAAAAGACGCGGUGGAAGAAGAGGAGGUAGUGCAAGAAGACAUCGCGGAAGAAAAGGUAGAAGAUGGUAAAGAAUGACAACAAGAGAAAGAAUGGAAAUGUUUAACAUAAAUAACUCUAACCCUGCUUUUUUACUUUUAUACUAAAAUUUUCCAAAUAAAAAUAAUGAAUGCAG